UCAUGCUGCUGCCAGGUCCAGAGUCUCUCAUGGGUCCCUGUACGGCCUCCCAUUGCUGCUGUCUCCAUCGCCACACUCUGCCAUGUGCCACUUUCAGGUCUCCUCACACACUGCUGGUGUGUUCCAUUUUUUGACAUAGGGUGCUGGCAGAUUAACGGGCCUCCCAUUAGCUGCUGCCAGGCCCCUAAUCUGCCAUGGGCCCCUAUACCGCCUCCUCAUGCUGCUGCCAGGUCCAGAGUCUCUCAUGGGUCCCUGUACGGCCUCCCAUUGCUGCUGUCUCCAUCGCCACACUCUGCCAUGUGCCACUUUCAGGUCUCCUCACACUGCUGGUGUGUUUAAUUUUUUUGAC